UUGAAAAACUGCAAGUGUAUAUUAUAACUCUAUUGUUUGUAAAUAGUAAUUAAUCUCAAUUAUCAAAUGAAUUCUGUAAAAAGAUAAUUUCUUGUAUAAUAUUAAGUAUUUCUUUAAAAUUAUUUUACGCCGUUAUUCAGUAAUAGUGUACUAAAAAAAAAUGUGCGAUACAAAAAUGUUAAAUGCGUUUCUUCAAAUAUCUCAUACAAAUCUUGUAAACAUAUUAAAAACGUUUGCAGGUCCAAAAGAUUUAGUCAUUGAGUAUUCAUUAUUUAAACCACUCGAAAUGUUUAUAGAUAUGAAAAGCUUAAGGCUGUACGGUGUUGAUAAGGUAUAUAAACUUCAAGAAUCCAUGAACCCAAUAACGGAUCGACAGUGUAUUUUUCUAGUGUCGUCGAAUUUGCCGAGUACAAAAAUUAUCUGUGAUCUCAUUAAUGCUCGUCUAAGUACGUCAACUGUAGCUGAAGAUAUUUUAAAAAUCAUUUUAGUUCCUAGGUCAUUGAUUACAAUAGAAAAGCAGUUUGAAGAAGAAGGUGUGUUUGGAUAUGUAGAAAUAGUUGAAUUCCAUUGGGAUUUUAUCCACCUUGGCGAUUCACUACUGUCGUUAGAAAUAACAGAUUUCUUCAAAAAUGUGUUUGUGGAAGAAAAUCAAUCGUUAUUUUUGCCAGUUGCCAAGUCUCUAUGGACAGCCUUUAUGGUUCUUGGAUUUCCUCAAACUGUAUGCCUAAAUGGGAAAUCUUCAUCAGCUAUUUAUAAAUUAUUAAACAGAUGUUUUAAAGAUAAAGGAAAACCAAAAAUGAAAAGUGGUUCAUGUUUUUUAAUUUUGGACAGAGACUUUGAUUAUGCAAGUGUUUUACUGACUCCUUACACGUAUUGUAGUAUAUUAGAUCAAGUAAUUGGCAUUAAUAAUGGUAUUGUUGAAAUAAAAAAAAGUGAUGGGAUGACAUCAUUAAAAAAUUUAUGUAAUCCUGACGAAAUUUACGAGCAUGUUAAAUACAAACAAUUUGGGGACGUAUUAAAUUUUUGGAAAAUAAAGUCUAAGGAACUGCAAGAAAAGUUAGAAAAAAGUAAAAAGUUACAGUUAGACGAAAUGAAACAGUAUGUUACACAAGAGUUACAAAAUGUCUUGAUGGCAAAACAAAACCUCGCGUUUCAUAUUGAUGCAUCUGAAAUGGUUUCACAAGCAGUUGGGGAUACAUUUAUCGAUUAUACAACAUUGGAAAAAAACAUGUUAGAAAAUAGAAGCCGGAAAGAAAAUUUAAACUGUAUAGAAGACCUGAUGGCAUUUGGAAAAGGUUCUGCAAAUAAUAUUCUUCGACUAAUAUGUUUGUUUUCAUUAACCCAAGAUGGGUUUACAACAUCAGAACUGGUUAAUUUAAGAACACAAUUUUUACAUCAAUUUGGGUACAAAUAUUUUAAAGCUUUUUAUUUAUUAGAAAAAUUAAACCUAAUAUCAAUUCAAGAUACUGGUUCAGUAUUACAGAACAAUUUUAAUAAAAUUAUUUCCAUAAAUAAAAAAAAACAAAUGUUACAAAACAUGAUACAAAAAUUAAGGCUGAUUAAUAACAAUGAACACAUAAUGAGUGCUGCUUUUGGUGGUUCUUAUGUAUCAGCAAUUGGAAAAUUAAUUGAAAUAAUGUGCAAAGAAGAAAUGCCAGAAGAAGAAAUAAUCAAAUUAUUAUCUAAUUUUUCAUUUCAAGUUUUUGAUUUUAGGACUGGUAUAAAAUCAGUGUAUGUUAUGGUAGUUGGUGGUAUAACAUAUGCUGAACAAGCAGCAUUUCAUUUUUUAGAAAAAUCUAUGAAUAUAAAAAUUAUUGUAUUUAGUACAAAUAUACUAAAUGGAAAUAGUUUAAUGAAUUCUUGUAUGUAGUAAAAAUGUAAUUUUUUUUUUAACUAUUAAAUUUUUAUGUGUAGUUGGAAAAAAUAAAAUAUAUAUUAUCAUUGUUUAAAGUUUUUGGAUUCUGUCAGAAAAU